AUGUCCAUCACUGUAUCAAAGAAACCGCUCACCCAGAUUGAUUGUCACACGACCGCCCACCGCGUUAUAAGUGGCAUGAGCAUUAGCAUUAUCCACUCUCCCGAUAUGCCUUCUGCUUCUAAAGUCUCGGAAAGGCCCUUUACCUGGGCAGAGGUUCGGGAUAUCGUCAAGUAUAACGACUUGGAGGCUCUUGCACGGUCGCAGAGCACCACAGAAAAAUAUCUCUCCUUCAAGAAACAAUUGCGCGAGGCACAUACCACCGUGUUUAAACAUCUUGUGGUGGAGACGUUAAAGUGGCGCACCAAAGAACAAGUCCAGCUGCUUGAUGACUCGGAGAUCGUGGUUCCUCGCAGCGGUAGCCCCUUGUUCUGCAACGCAGAAGAUUUGAAGAUCGUUCUCAAUGACUUCCCUUAUCACUUUGAGGACGACGUAGUACACUUGUGUGUCUGGACAAAGAAAAGAAUAGAGUCGGAUCCCAACAAUCUGUUUGGCGACAUCUCUCCACGGAUGAGAGCUCAUAUCGAAAAGUACGUGGUCAAGACAUUUGUCGAUGGCUUAGGCAUCUCCCGGGAAGAUUUAGUUUGGUUUCGGAACUGGGAUGCACUCCAGAGUGUUAAGGAGAUUAGCCAUAUUCAUGUUGUAAUCAAGGGCAUGACACUGGAGCAGUUGCAUCAGGUGCUUGGAGGACCAGGUGUUCCGUUGGACGAACUGGAAGUAGAUAUGACAUUGAACUAG